AGCGGAAAUGCGUUGCCAUUUUAAAGGUGUCGUCCCGCCUCUCGUGUCUCUCUUUCCGUCUCCGGCCGCCGUCGGGAGAGGAGCCGCCGCCAUGUCCGCGCAUCUGCAGUGGAUGGUCGUCCGGAACUGCUCCAGUUUCUUGAUCAAGAGGAAUAAGCAGACGUACAGCACGGAGCCAAAUAAUCUGAAGGCCCGAAACUCUUUCCGCUACAACGGGCUAAUUCACCGCAAGACCGUCGGAGUGGAGCCGGCGGCCGAUGGCAAAGGGGUCGUGGUAGUUAUGAAACGCAGAUCCGGCCAGCGAAAACCUGCCACUUCUUAUGUGAGGACCACCAUCAACAAGAAUGCUCGGGCUACCCUCAGCAGCAUCAGACACAUGAUCCGAAAGAACAAGUACCGCCCUGACCUUCGUAUGGCGGCCAUCCGCAGGGCCAGUGCCAUCCUUCGAAGCCAGAAGCCUGUGGUGGUGAAGAGGAAACGGACCCGCCCCACCAAGAGCUCCUGAGCCCCGCACCCCCGAAGCAAUAAAGAGUCCACUGACUUCCA